GACUCACAUUAUCCACACUAACCUCCUCACAGGCCGACGAAUCGCUGGAUACGCGAGAAAAUGCCGAUCUGACAUUAAAAUGUCGCUUCACCGAACACUACGAUGCAAACGAUUUCACAUUCUAUUGGGCGCGUUGGACCGCCAAUCCGGCGCAAUUCGAUAAUGUGGCCAUACAUGAUGUCUCGCUUAAUUCGGGUUACAAACCCGAUUACCGUCCGGAGCGUGGCAUUUACGAUUUGCAAAUUAAAAACGCCUCAUACAAUCGCGACAAUGGUCGCUUCGAAUGUCGCAUUAAGGCGAAAGGUACGGGCGCCGACGUCCAUCAAGAGUUUUACAACUUAACCGUCCUCACACCACCACAUCCACCCGUCAUUUCGCCGGGUAAUGUGGCCAUUGCCACCGAGGAUGUGAAAAUGGAGCUGACAUGCAGUAGUAUUGGCGGCUCACCGGAUCCAACGAUAACUUGGUAUCGCGAGGGCACCAAUACACCACUACAAGCCAUCGUCCGUACGGGUGGCUCAAAGGAUCAGCCUACAAAUGCAACAUUAACAUUGCAACCGCGUCGUGAAGAUGAUGGCGCCAAAUACAAGUGUGUCGUGCGGAAUCGUGCCAUGAACGAUGGUCAACGACUGGAGGCGACCGCUACAUUGAAUGUUAACUAUUUCCCCCGCGUUGAUGUCGGUCCGGAAAAUCCACUUCGUGUUGAACGUGAUCGUACUGCCAAAUUGGAGUGUAAUGUCGAUGCGAAACCCAAAGUGCCUAAUGUACGUUGGACACGCGAUGGUCGCUUCAUUAGUUCCUCCCUUGUGUAUACGAUAAAUCGUGUGAGCGCACAGGAUGCUGGCAAAUAUACAUGCUCAGCAGAUAAUGGUCUCGGCAAGUCGGGUGAGAGUGUGCUCAUAUUGGAUAUUCUCUAUCCACCAACCGUCGUUAUUGAGUCGAAAACGCGUGAGGCUGAGGAAGGCGAGACGGUUAAUAUCCGUUGCAAUGUGACCUCAAAUCCGGCGCCCAUCACAAUUGAAUGGUUGAAGGAGGGCUCACCCGAAUUUCGUUACUCCGGCGAAGUGCUCACCCUAUCCUCGGUACGUGCAGAGCAUGCAGGCAAUUAUAUUUGUCGUGCUGUGAAUUUGAUGGAAUCUUACGGUCAGGAGCGUAGUGAACGUGUUGGUAAUUCGACUGUUGCAUUGCUAGUACGCCAUCGACCCGGUCAGGCAUUUAUAACGCCCAACAAACCGAUUGUACAUGUUGGUAAUGGUGUUACGCUCACCUGCUCGGCCAAUCCGCCCGGUUGGCCGGUUCCGCAAUACCGUUGGUUCCGUGAUAUGGAUGGCGAAUACUCGAGCACGCAAAAGAUAUUAGCACAAGGGCCACAGUACUCGAUACCGAAAGCACAUCUGGGCAAUGAGGGUAAAUACCAUUGUCACGCCGUCAACGAGUUGGGUAAUGGGCAGAUAGCGACAAUUGUGCUUGAGAUACACCAGCCGCCACAAUUUCUCGCCAAAUUGCAACAGCACAUGACGAGACGUGUUGCCGAUACCGAUUAUGCUGUGACUUGCAGUGCUAAGGGCAAACCCGCGCCCAGCAUACGCUGGUUGAAAGAUGGUGUUGAGAUACUGCCCGAGCUCAAUCUGUAUGAGGUUAAAACGAACCCAGAUCAGGGUCCGAAUGGCAUGGUUACCGUGCAGAGCAUGCUAAAGUUCCGUGGUAAAGCACGUCCUAAUGGAAAUCAGCUCGUACCCGGCGAUCGGGGCUUGUACACAUGUCUCUACGAAAAUGAGGUGAAUUCGGCCAACUCGAGCAUGCAACUGCGUAUUGAGCACGAACCCAUUGUACUACAUCAGUACAACAAGGUCGCCUUUGACAUACGCGAGACCGCGGAGGUCGUUUGUAAAGUGCAAGCCUACCCUAAACCCGAAUUUCAAUGGCAAUUCGGCAAUAACCCUUCACCGCUAACUAUGUCCUCCGAUGGACACUAUGAAAUCAGCACCACCACCGACAACAAUGACAUAUACACCUCCGUAUUACGCAUCAAUUCGCUCACACACGCCGAUUAUGGCGAGUACACGUGUCGUGUCGUGAACUCGUUGGACACAAUACGUGCACCCAUACGCCUGCAACAGAAAGGACCACCUGAGAAGCCGACUAACACACGCGCCGUCGAUGUCGGUCCGAAUUAUGUAACACUCAGCUGGGAUCCCGGCUUCGAUGGUGGCCUGAGCAACACCAAAUUCUUUGUCAGCUACCGACGCGUGCCAAUGCCACGCGAAGAGCAACUGAUACCCGACUGUGCCACAAUUGCCACAAGCAAUACCGACUGGCUGGAAUUCGAUUGUCAACGUGAAAAUCCCUGCAAGGUUACCGCACUGGAUCAACAUCAAAGCUAUGCCUUCAAGGUGAACGCACUCAACACUAAAGGCAAAUCGCCAUACUCCAACGAGAUAAUGACCACCACCAAGGUGAGCAAAAUCCCACCGCCACUGCACGUCACCUACGAUCCGAACACGCACACACUGGGCAUUAAUGUGGGCGCCACAUGUUUGUCGCUGGUCGCUAUCGUCGAAUCAAUGGUCAACAUGGACACACCGAUGGCACAGUGGGAAGUUGUCGACACUGUGAAUUUGCAACUAUCCGGCAAUGGACCGACAUUCAAGGAGACUGUGAUUGAUCGCCAAAUACCGGCAUAUCGCAGUGGCGGUGGACGUUCGCUGGGGCACAAUCACAUUGGCGGCGGUCAUGGGGAUGGCGGCCUGGGCGAUAGUGAUGAUGACGACGAUGAUGAGAGUGUCGACAUGAAUACACUGGCGCUGGAGGAUGAUAAUAAACCCACAGUACGUGUGAAACUAUGCCUGCGGUCGAAUCAGGAGCACUGUGGCAAGCAUACAAAUGCCGAAAUUGGCCGCACAUACAUCGCCGAAGCCUCAGCUCUCGCUACACCCACACUCAUUGCCAUAAUCGUCUCAUGCAUUGUAUUCGCAUUAUUUGUCGGUUUAUUGUUGAUGUUCUGUCGCUGUAAACGCAAUCAAUCGAAAAAGAGUGCUGCCGCUAAGGAUUACGAAAUGGACUCGGUACGCCCGUCGAUCGUUGCUGCCCAACAAAGUCAGCCACCGCCGCCGUAUUACCCGGCAAGUGGACUCGAUAACAAAGCACUUGAACAUUCGAUGGAUCUCGCCUUGGGUAUGGAGGACCAAAAGAGUGCACUUUAUGCAACCCAAAAUGGCUAUAGCUAUCAUCCGAGCAGUGGUGUCGGUGUGGGUGUUGGUGGUGGUGUUGGCGUUGGUGUUGGUGUCGGCGUUGGCGGUAUGCAAGGAUUGACGGGACAUACAUUGCCGGGAAAUGAAUGGGUCAACAUGGGCUACAUUGAGAACAAUUACUCGAAUUCAAACAAUGGCGGUAGCGUUAAUUCACAAGAUUCGCUGUGGCAAGUGAAAAUGCCUGCCACUGCGGGCGCUCAACAGAGUAUGGUCGUACCGUCGACCCACAACAACUAUGUUGAACAUCAGCCCACCUAUGGUUAUGAUCCACUAACGCAUGGCGGUUACGGUGCGGUCGACGAUUAUGCACCCUAUCCACAUUUGACGGCGACGCCAAGUCAACAUGGUGAUGAAUAUCAUAAUUUACGCAAUAGCCAAAAUCCAUCCAGACAGGAUUACUGCAGUGAUCCAUAUGCCUCGGUACAGAAGCCGAAGAAACGUGUUGAUCAACAUUUAGAUUCACCAUAUCACGACGUAAGCGGCCUACCCAACCCCUAUAAUAUGGAGCAUAUGGAACAGGAUGAAGUGAUACCGCCACAGCAGCAUAUGUCAUUGAGCUAUGAUGACAGUUUCGAGGGUGAAUACUCGUCAACACCCAAUUCGAGGAAUCGUCGUGUCAUACGCGAAAUUAUCGUCUAAUAUAUACAAAUAUAAAUAACACAGAUACAGAUACAGAUACACACAUAAGCGAAA